AUGUCAACAAAUGUUAUAAGAAAACAAAAUCGAACAACAUCGGCGACCAAUACAUCAUAUCUUUCAAUGAUGACACCUAAUGUUCCUAGUAAUAAUAUCACAAAUACUAGUACUAAUAAACGACGUGAAAGUUCAACUGGUGAAGAUUCCGUAAGUGAGAAAUCGAAUAAUUUAUAUUCAGUAAAUACAAAUAAGAAUAAUAAAAACAAAAGAAGAAGCCUAGUUUACUUGAUUACAUGAUAAAAACACCCUGGUUAGAUGAUUGCUUGCCUGCUUAGUAAAUCAUUUAUUCCGAUCGGAUGAGCAACGCACCCGGAAAUCAGUAGAGAACAGCGCCAUCAUAGAUGAAUCAAGGAUGUGCGUCAUUUCUUUCGGAUUUUCUAUCUUCUCCACUGUGCAUGCAGAACACGACAAGGUCAAAUCACGCGCAUCCGCAAGAUAGCUUCGACACACACACACACAGACCCUCAUUGCGAAUUCUCUCUAUCGAUCAGCAAUUAAUGUACUCGUCGUCUCAUCAAUAGGAUUAGUUUUUUUUUGAUGAAGGGUAACACACAUCUAUAUAAAUAUGUGGGUGGUUUGUUUUUUCUUGUACGCUGCAGGAGAUCGCUGUUGUUUAUAACGACAAUCUUAUUUUGUUGUUUUUGAAAGUGUACAUAACAUGUACAUCAGAUUUAGUGUCUCUCUCAUCUUGUGUUGUUAUUGAUGAUGAGUGAAUCGAUAGGAUAAAAUAAAAAGUAAUUAUAUUUGAAUAUGCAUAUCUAAAUUGAGACACAAUCAUAUACAUAAUAUACGUGGUUGUGUAUUCAUUCAACAGGAACAACCAUACAUAACGCAUUAAAUCGAAUAAGGUAUCAAUAGACAAAAACAAAAAGAAAACAACAAUAGAUGAAAAAUCCUUGUUUUCUUUUUUAUCUUUUUCUUUUCGUUCGUAGUUUUCUUUUUUUUUUUUGUUUGAUUCUUAUUAAUCACUAUGAUAUAGGGAAACUCAACAGCUGUCUUAUAUGAUUAGAAUCUAAAACAUUUAUUUUUACUUCAAUUAUAAUUAUAACGAUUAUUAUUAAAUUUCGAUGGAAUCACGUGAGAAUAAAUUAAUAGUAUUUGAUUUAAUCUUGUUUUGUUUUUUUUUCUCUUUAAAAUGAACUAUUUUUAAACGUAUGAAAUUUCAUAUUUUCUAUUAUGUUAUUAUUAUCAUCUUGUAAAUCUAUCUAUUGAACGAGCUCACAAAGGGUUAUAUUGACCUUGAUUGAGAUAUUAUUUAGACUUAUUUCUUUAUUUUACUUGUUUUACUCUUAUAUUAAUAAGUUCAGAGGGUAGAAUUAAGCUAAAUAUUAAUCUUUUUAUCUAGACUAUAAAGUAUUAGUUUGUAGAGAAAUGAGAUAAGUACUUCUAUUAUGCUUGUUAAAAAGAUAAAUAUAUGCAUGUUAGUCGAAAUAGAGUAUACAAAGAAAUGUCAAUAUGAACUUUAUUUUCAAUUGAAAAAAAAAUCGGAGAAAACAUCACAAUUGUUUUCACAAUAGAAUCGUAAUUUAGAUUUAAAAAAAAAUGGUUUUUGUUUUUUUUUU